GAAGAAAAAGGGAUAGCUUGUGACCCUUGUUCACAAAGCUUCAGAUUUUGUUCCAGCUCAAGGCAGCACCCACCAAUGACAGUCUACUUGUCUUCUAAGCAAAACUGACAUCCAAAGCCACUUCCACCAUCCAUCCACACCUUCCCCACCUUUUUUUUUACUCCUGUUUUCCCCUGCUGCCUGCUAUCCUAGAUAAUGCAUCUCCAAGUCCAUCUAGUACUCCAUCAGAAACAAACAUCAACAACCUGUUCUCAGUAAUUCAUCAGUUUAUAAUAUUACAAAAAGUUCUGUGAAAUGGGAUCAUUUCAAAUGCCUGCAAAUUUUCCAAGUUCUGCAUUGCCAGAGUCCUCUUGUGCCUAUCUACUCCAAGAAUUGAAGCUGAUUUGGGAUGAGGUUGGGCAAGAUCAGCUUGAGCGAGAGAGAGUUCUCCUUGAACUGGAACAGGAAUGUUUGGAAGUUUAUAGGAGAAAAGUUGACAGUGCUAAUAUCUCUAGAGUUCGACUACAUCAAGCACUGGCUGAUUCAGAAGCUGAGUUAACUAAUCUUCUGCUUUCCCUUGGAGAGCGAUCAUUACCAGGAAGACCAGAAAAAUUGACAGGGACACUAAAGGAGCAGCUUGAUUCGAUUACUCCUGCCCUUCGAGAAAUGCAGAUGAGAAAAGAAAUCAGGAUGAACCAGUUCCGGGAGGUUCAGACACAAAUCCAAAGGAUUUCAUCAGAGAUUGCAGGUCACUCAGAAUAUGAUAGUGUUGUUGUGAAUGAAGGUGAUCUCUCACUGAAGAAACUCGAGGAAUAUCAACAUGAAUUUCAGAGACUUCACAAGGAAAAGAAUGAUAGGCUCCGGAAAGUGGAAAAGUACAUAAAUGAGGUGCAUCAGCAUGCUGAAACAAUGGGGAUGGAUUCCUCGAAAAUCAUUACUGAUGUUCACCCGAGCUUAUUGCAUGGUUCAAGCGGACAGCAAUCAAAGAAUAUUAGUGACACAAUUUUGGACAGACUCAAAAGCACAGUACAGCAACUCAAAGAUGAGAAGCAAAAGAGAAUGGAAAAGCUUCACAGGCUUGGGAAAGCAUUGACAAAUUUGUGGAAUCUUUUGGAUACACCCAUGGAGGACCAGCAACCAUUUUCUCAUAUCAAAUUUUUUUCAUCAUCAGCCUCAGUAAGUUACACUUUAGGCCCUGGAAGCCUUACCCUCGACAUAAUCCACCAGGCUGAGUCUGAAGUAGAGAGAUUGGAUCAGUUAAAAGCAAGCAAGAUGAAAGAGCUAUUCUUUAAAAAGCAAAUUGAACUCCAGGGCAUAUGCAAGAAAUCUCACAUGGAAGUACCCCCUCAGUCUGAGAUGGAAAAUAUUAUGAAACUUAUCAUAUCUGGUGAGAUGGACCAUUCUGACCUCCUCAUGUGCAUGGAAGAGCAUAUAUCUAAAGCAAAAGAAGAGGCUUGCAGCCGGAAAGACAUAAUGGAGAAGGUCAACAAGUGGAUGGCUUCAUGCGAGGAAGAACGCUGGCUGGAAGAGUACAGCAGGGAUGAGAAUCGUUACUCGGUAAGCAGAGGGGCUCACAAAAACUUGAAACGCGCAGAGCGUGCUAGAAUUAUAGUCAACAAGAUUCCAGCUUUGGUCGAAUCGCUGAUGACCAAGACUAGAAUUUGGGAAGAGGAAAGGAAGAAAGUUUUCUUGUAUGAUGAGGCGCCUCUUUUGGCUAUGCUUCAGCAAUACACUUUGAUGAGACAGGAAAAGGAAGAAGAGAAGUACAGGCAAAGAGAGAGAAAGAAGGUACAGGCUCAGGUUGCAGCACAGCAGGACAAGUUUAGCUCAAGGACAAACACAAGCGCCAGUCCUCUUUCAAACAGGAGCUUAAAUAGCAGUUUCAGCAGUUAUUCCCCUUCAUACAGGAGGCUGUCUAUCACGAACCAGCAUCAAAGAUCGAAAAUUAAUUCUGCAACACAAGGACCAAAUUUCAACAAAAUGGGUCGGAAGAAACAGGUGGAGAGCAUGUUGGUUAAGUACAACCAUGUCCGUAAAUUUAGAACAGAGACAGCAUCAGAAAUCUCUACCACAAUUUCAGGCCCAUCAUCUCCAUGACUUUUCUUAGCUAGGAAAAGUUGUCUUGCUUCAUCAUAAGAUCGUAUCAGUAGAGAAGAAAAAAAAAAUGGUUGUUUGGAAAAUAAAGAUGCUUGUAAGAGAAAAUCCUGUGUGUUACUACAACAAUUACAAGACAUCAUAUCCUA